AUGAAGAGAGCGAAGAAGGACAAGAUAGAGGCCCCAACUAAAGACACGGCAGCCGGCAUGGCGGCGGCGUCACUGGACUGUGCGGGAGCCAUGCUUGGAGCUUCGACAGCCAUGGCCGCGCUCAUGGAGGCAGCGGCGACGACGAGGGCUGCACAUGCGAUCUUCUUCAUUUCCUUGGCAAAGGAAGGCGCCUUGAGGAGAUAG